UGUCUAGGGUUAGGUUGGAAGGUGGUUUAAAGCCAAACUUGUGGGACUAUGGGUGAAAUUCGGCUGUAACUUAAAAAAGCUUUGGAUUGAUUAUUCUUCAGGAGUAGAAGAAGAAAAAAAAGACCGAAACGUGUAGGGGGUGUCGGGCAGCAGAAACGAUCGCAAGGAGGGUGGGAAAGAACUCAUCGGCAACGCAAGGCAAGAGGUUGUGACAAUUGACGGGAUUUUCUGUGCAAUUGAAGUGUUAUGAUUGAUUCUUCUUCUUUGUUUAAGUGGUGCUAAAGUGGCCUUGAACAGGCUGUUGUUUCAAGUCAAAAUUUGAAAAUUUGGCUUAAUGACCAAUUUGCAUGUUUGGGUAGUAAAAAAAUUCUAGAUGUUUUACAGUUGCUAACAAGUUUUCAUAUUUCAAAAAGCAACCUCAAAUAUUAAACAUUUAUUCUAUAUGUCUCACAAGAAAAAUUAUUUAUUUUAUUGGACAAAUCGUUCUUUUUAUAAAGAACCUGGUUUAUCUUUCUUUUUUAAAAAAACUUAUCAUUAUUCCUGGAAUAAAAAAUUAUAUUAUAAACUCAUAAUCAGAAUGAAGAUACAUACAUUUACAAUAAAAACAAGUUGAAUCAAAGGCAAAAUCGAGAAAGUCAAUAUCAUUUACACCCAUCCCCCCCUCUCUCUCUCUCAUAUUUAUUACUCGAAAGCCUCUUGCUUGCUUUUUCUGCUCUAUUUAGAUUUCAAAAUCUUCCCAAUUCACUACAAACGUCAUAGAAAGAAAACAUUCCUUCACAAAACACAACCACCACCUCGAGGAGUUAUUUCAUAUCCGAAUUCACAGAUUCAAGCUUUUUUCGAUUAAGAAUGGAGGAAAUGAAAUGGGUGUUUGGAAAUUGGGAAUUAAUUUGCAUAUCGAUUGUUCUUGGAUGGUUAUUCUACAAGUAUUUGAUUGUCCGAAAAUGGGGUUUGGGAGAUAACCAAGAGGAGGAGCGCCGCCUGCAACCACCGCGAGGCAGCUCAGGUUGGCCGUUGAUCGGAGAAACAAUUGAAUUCAUUGCGUCUGGAUUCACUUCUCGUCCUGUCAGUUUCAUGGAGAAACGCAAGUCUCUUUAUGGGAAGGUGUUUAAGACACACAUUUUGGGCAGACCAAUUAUUGUGUCAACGGAUCCGGAUGUAAACAAAGUGGUUUUACAAAACCAAGGCAAUGUUUUCAUCCCGAGUUAUCCGAAAUCCGUGAUCGAGUUGCUUGGUGAAUCUUCAAUACUCCAAAUCAAUGGCGGAUUACAAAAGAGAUUGCAUGCGAUUAUCGGAGGUUUCUUGAGGUCUCCUCAAUUCAAAGCUCGCAUCACUAAAGAUAUUGAGAAUUCAGUGAAGCUCGCAUUGUCUUCUUGGAUCGAUCGGAAAAAUACCCACCACCCUAUUGUUUACCUCCAAGAUGAAACGAAAAAGAUUACUUUCCAAAUUCUUGUGAGGGUGUUGAUGAGUGUGGAGCCAGGUGAAGAUAUGGAGUUCCUCAAGAGAGAAUUCAUGGAAGUCAUCAAAGGCUUAAUUUGUCUACCAAUCAAACUUCCAGGUUUCAGAAUGUAUAAAUCUCUCCAGGCUAAAGAAAGAAUGUUAAAGAUGGUGAGAAAGAUUGUAGAUGAUAGAAAAAUGGCAAUGGAGAAAAAAGAAACAAAAGAUUCAGGUUCACCAAAUGACGCCAUUGAUGUGUUGUUAAGAGAUACAGGUGAAUCAGAUGGGACCCAGCAACGGUUACCCUUGGAUUUCAUCAGUGGGAACAUUAUUGAGAUGAUGAUCCCUGGGGAAGACUCGGUGCCCAUGAUCAUGACUCUAGCUGUCAAAUACUUGAGUGAUAAUCCUGUUGCUCUUUCUUGUCUUAUGGAGGAAAAUGAUGAAUUAAAGAAGCGAAAGGAUGAAUCGGGCGAAGGGUAUGCUUGGACCGAUUAUGUCUCACUUCCGUUUACUCAAGGCGUGAUAAGUGAGACUCUUCGGAUGGCGAAUAUCAUCAAUGCGAUUUGGAGAAAAGCUGUUGAAGACGUAGAAAUCAAAGGCUACUUGAUCCCAAAAGGAUGGUGUGUUUUGGCAUCAUUGACUUCCGUUCAUAUGGAUGAAGAAAACUAUGAAAACCCCGAUGAAUUUGAUCCAUGGAGAUGGGAGAAAACGGGAGCGAGUGUCAAUAGCAACAAGUUUACACCGUUUGGUGGUGGACAAAGGUUGUGUCCCGGUUUGGAGUUCUCAAGGCUAGAAAUCAGUAUUUUCCUUCAUCAUUUUGUCACGAGUUACACUUGGGUUGCGGAAGAAGAUCAGAUUGUAUAUUUUCCAACGGUUAAGACAAAAAGAAAGUUACCUAUCAUGGUGACACCCAGAUGAAAUCAGUGACAAAAAGAUAUUUGAUUAAUAAUUAAUCGUAUGAGUCAUGGUAAAUUUAUUACAAUUUGUUUGGGCAUAAGGUGUAUAUAUUAUGAUGAACAAAGGUUUGAUUGUUUGUUUCUGGUCAACUUCAGUUUUGGGUUUAUACUGUUUUGCUUUUACAUAAAAUAAGUGUUCAAUUUGACCCUAUUAAUUUAGUUAGUCCAUUCUUGGACAUAUUCAUAUA